AUGCUGCCAUCGUCGACGCGUCAGAUCCAUGUGUACGGGCGCAAGGGCCGCACACGUGUUGUACAAGAUACGCGGUCCCUGGACGAGAACACACAGGUAGCGACGCCGCCACGCGCGGCGCCUGGCUCGAAGAGCCUGUUCACCGGUGUCGACCUGCACUCGUGGAGUGCGUGGGUGCAGAGCCCCCGCCAGGCGUUCACGCACCAGGUCGCCACGCCGAUCAAGCGGUGGGCCGCGGGUGAAAAGACACCUGCGGUGCCUGAUUCGCCCACGCUCACGGCGCGCGCGCCCCUGCAGGCUCUCGAUAACGAGGGCGAGCUGACACAGGCACUCGCGGACCUCUCGCUCACCGACAUGUCCGCGCUGCUGCGCCGCGUGCACCAAGCGGACCCGAAGGCGUUUGCUGCCCAGGUCGAUGAGCUGGUCGGCGACCGCGCUCUCGUCAAGAUCGGCGAGGCGAGCUACUCGGAAGUAUACCAAUACACGGCGCCUGAGGGCGUCGUGCACGUCAUCAAGGUGAUUCCCCUCGAGCACGGGCCGAGCGUGCGAGACGGCCCGGCUGUCUCGCCGGUGGCAAGCGUGGACCGCGAGGUAGCGACGACGGCGGCCCUCGGCACGCUCACCGAGCCGUGGGCUACACACUUCGUGCGGCUCGUGUCCGCGCACGUGGUGCGGGGCACCUAUCCCGAGCGCCUCCUGGACGCCUGGGACGUGUUUGCAGAGGUGCACCGCGAGCGCUGCGAGAACGUACGCCCCAGCGUGCUCCCUGCGACGCAGAUGUACGCCCUGCUUGUGAUGGAGCACGCAGGCGCGGAGCUCGAGGGCAUGGCCCUCCGUAGCUGGAGCGAGCGCGCGGCCGUCUUUUUCCAGGUCGCCUGUGCGCUCGCGCACGCCGAGCAGGAGGUCCAAUUUGAGCACCGUGAUCUACAUAUGAGCAACGUACUCGUGCGGCGCGUGGAUACGGCACAGGCUGCGACGCCGCUGCCUCCCAUGGACACACUCUGGACGCAGUACGGGCCGGCCGCGACACAGCUGCAGGCGACCAUCAUCGACUACUCGCUUUCGCGCAUGUGCAUCGACGGCACCGUGAUGGCGUACGAUUUCGACGACGAGGCACUGUUUACCGGCCAGGGCGACACGCAGUACGACGUGUACCGCACGAUGCGCGGCCUCGUCGCGGGCGACUGGCGCGCGUACACGCCACUGACCAACGUACUGUGGCUCCAGUUCCUCGCGCAGCGCCUCCUCCUAGCGGACGCGCCCGACGACGACGCGCCGGCUGACGAGGACGCGGCCUACGGACUGCUCACGCACGCCGAGCAGCUCGCGCACGACGCUGUGGAGCACGGCCGGCGGCACGCGCCGACGCGGCGCCUAUCGACGCGCUCGAAGCGGCGCUCGAUCCAGCGCGCGCACGAUGCGUGGAAAGUGCUCCCCGACACUGGUGCGCCGCGUGUCGAGUCGGCGUGGGCGCUCGUGGCCGCGGUAGGUAUGCACGUAGACUCCGCGCACGCCGCGUGA